AUCCUCCACUUCAUCAUGCCUUCUUCUAGGCGCUCAGCCGCUUCAAACAGGAAAUUCACGGUCAUGGAUAAAAAGGAGGCCAAACCUGGAGACCUGAUCACGUUCCCCCGUGAUGGUUAUCAGCACUGGGCUGUUUAUGUUGGUGAUGGAGACAUCGUUCACCUCGUAACACUCGAGUCGUGGGCUGGUACGGGCGUUGUGUUGAAAGAGAAACUGCAGGAUGUGGUGAAGAAGAACAAGUGGAGAGUCAAAAAUCUCCUGGAUUAUAAAUACACACCUCGUCCAGCUGAUGAUAUCGUGAGAGAUGCCUGUUCACUGGUGGAUGCAGAGACGAAGUACCACCUGUUGAAGUACAACUCUGAACACUUUGCCACUGAGCUGCGCUACGGCAGCCCUGAGAGUCAGCAGGAGGCCAAAGGUGGUGACCUGAUCAAGAUCUCCCGUGGUUGUUUUAAGCACUGGGCUGUUUAUGUUGGUGGUGGAAACGUCGUUCACUUCGUACCAGCCAGGUUGUUGGCUAUUAAGGGCGUUGUGUUGAAAGAGAAACUGCAGGACGUGGUGAAGAAGAACAAGUGGAGAGUCAGCAAUCUCCUGGAUUAUAAAUACGAAUGUCGUCCAGCUGAUGAUAUCGUGAAUAAGGCCUGUUCACUGGUGGACACAGAAAUGGUGUACGACCCGGUGAUCUACAACUGUCAACACUUCGCCACUGGGAUGCGCUACGGCUGGUAUGAGAGUCGGCAGAGGCUAAUGGAGAAGGAACAGCUGGACUAG